AUGAAUAAUCUCAACAUUACAGACGAUGCCAUCAGUAUGGGCAAUCCCUCUCAAUAUGAUACACGUGCAAGAAGAUUUUCGGUGGGGAGUAAUGCAGGCCCACCAAAGUUUGCAGGUUCUGGCUCUGAAUCUGUUGUUUCAGUAACUGAUUUGGACACUGAAUUUAAUAAUAUGACCUUCAUGGCAAAAGUUGAAGAAUCUCUGAUAACUUUGUUGAUGAGUUUGCACGACUCGACAGAAUGUAUCUCAAGGAAAGACAAAAUCGUCAUGUUGUGCGUGCACUUGUACAUUAUUUGGAUAGGACUAUUCAUUGGAAUACAACCAGACUAUAACUAUGGAGAAUAUGGUAAAUGGAUAGCUAGAGCACUCAAUUAUCCAAUGACAUUUGGAUUGGAAAAUGUUCCAUAUAUACCAGCCUUAAUUAUUGCUUCGGUUUUCUUUGCGUUUCUUAUUGUUUCGGUUAUUACUUUGGCAUUGGCCUAUAGGUCAGUCUAUACAAUGAGCAAAUAUUGGCCAAAGAUAAAGAUUGCCACGCAGAUAAUUAUUGCAACAACGUGUCUACUAUCUAUGCCAAUUAGUUGGCUCUUGUUGGGUUUCCUCGAUUGUAACUAUGCAUCAUCGGUGAUUGUUGCACCAGCUUUGACACCACAUCAAGUUUUACAGAGAUACCCAGAUGUAUAUUGUUACGGAAGUGGUAAUAUUGCCAUGAUGGUUCUUGGAAUUAUGUCAGUGUUUGCAGUGCCACUUUCAUUAUUUGUUGGAACCCACACAUUGAUGGAUGUACAUGCUAAAAGUAAGACACCAUUUGCUUCGUACGAUUUGCACUUUUUAUUCUUCAACUUUCUUGCUUCAACAAGUUUUUACAUUUUUACAUGCUUGGUUUCAGACGAUUACAUUGUCAUUCAAGCAGUUUAUUACUUUCUAACAAGAUUUAUUCUUGCUGCAUCUUUUCUGUACUUUAUUCCAUUCUAUACAAGAUGGGAGAAUUCAGUUUACUUUGGUUUUAUGUGUGCUGCAGUUGGUUCUUCCUUGUGUGGAGUGGUAUCUGUCUAUGUAAACAAAGAGAAUGAGUUUGGACUUGGUUUAGGAUUGAUGGGAAUAACCUUCUUUGUAAUGAUUGUCUUCUUUGCAGUUGGAAGUAUUUCAUUAGAGAUGUACACUCGAAUGAUUAUGAAAGAUAUCAAGGCAGUAUUUCUCGAUCACUUGGAGAAGGGUCUUGAUUCUCUAAUUAAGAGUGACAAUUUGGAUUUUAUUAAUCCCAAGUAUAUUCUUGAGAGACAAGCGCUCAACAUUUUACAUGAAAUUGAGGAAACAAAAAAGACUAGAAGAUUGUUUCUCUUCUUGAAAUUUUGUGUCAAGACUGCAAAGGAAGGUUUAUCAAUUGGUAAUUUGACAGAAAUUGAAAUGGCCAAAUGCUUUAUCAAAGGAGUUGCUAGUCAGAAAACUUAUCAGAAUAUUGACCUUUUAGUAAUUGCUGCUGUGAUUACAGGAAACUUUAUUGAAGGUCAACAAAGUGCUGGAUUGAAACUUUUGGAGAAGGCCACUAAAAACUUACCAAAUCUGAUUCAAAGAUUUUCCAUCAGUCUCAGAACAAAAGAGUUGGAGAUAUCUCUAGAAGAUGGUAAAAAGCUAUUAGAAGUCAAACAUAUCAUUCAGAAAAUUGAAAAGAAGCAUGCUAUUAUCAGCUCUUUACACAAAUCAUUUUGGAAGGAAAUGAUGAGUGAAUCAGUAUCCGUAGACAAGAUUGACUCAUUGAACAGUCAAAUCACAUCACUCACAAAACAAUGUACCCUUGUGCUAACCAAUUUAAUGUCAAAUUAUGGUAACAAUAAGAAUGUUUUAAGAACAUAUGCCAAGUUUUUGGAAGAAAUUAAAUUUGACAAAGAAAGAGCCAAUGAAAUGUAUGACGAGGCAGCAACUAUUGAGGAUGAGGAAACUCGUAAAGUUUCCCACAAGAAACCAGUUGUCAAAGGAAAUAAGGUCCUGCCAUACAUGCCAAAUGUUGAAUCGAAAAAUAACAAGUUCAACUUUGAUGAAAAGUCUGUUUCAGAGUCGUCUGAGUUUGAUGGAGUAGAAAAUCGUUCAUCAAUUAUCAAGAAGGAGUUGCAAAUAAGAUCCGCCCUCAAUAGAACAAAGGGAUCAAACAUUUUGAUGUACUUCUUUGGCUUUAUCUUUUGCUUUUCAUUGAGUAUUUUGACUGUUGCAAUUGGUCUCGGUGUGAGUUUCUCUAUUCAAAUUGAUAAUAAUGUGGCAGUUGCACAUUAUGUUUGCAUUCCACAAUUCUUCCCAAGAUACAUGUUAAAAGAGAUUAGAAUGAUUCAAAACUUUAACAAGAUGUUUCCAUUGUACAGUAACGAUAUUGCUGCAACUAUGGUCAAUGGAUCCAACAGUACAACAAGCUAUUUUGCAGCACACAAGGCAAGAGUUAGAACAUAUGUAACAGUUCUUCAAUCUCUCAAGAAAUCAGCAUCAAAAUUCACAAAAGGAAUGCUAUCUGAUUUUACCAGUUCUACUCAUGAUCUUUAUUUACCAGUUGUUUACUAUGAUAACAACUUUACAAGUGCAGACUCUUUCAAUCAAAAGAGAAAUGCCUCCCUUUCAGAAAUCAAUGAUAUUAUAAUCAAAAACACCAAUGAAUAUUUGGCAAUGGACAUGACAUCAUAUUCAAACACAACAACUGCUUCUAACUUUAUGUUUUUCUGGAAGAAUAGAAAAGUUCAAACCGCUAGUUUUUCAAACAUGUGUGAAUUAUUUUUACAAAGAAAUAAGGAACAGUACACAAUGUUGCAAGAGCAGUUUAUUUACUUUUAUGCUAUUUCGAUAUCUGUUUAUGGUAUUAUUGCAAUUGUUUUUGUGGCAUUCUCUACGUUUAAAUUGAGACAAAUUAAGUCAACAAUCAAGUUCAUGUCAAGAUCAAUCACAAAGGACUAUAUUGGAAAAAUCUAUCACCACUUGGAAUCAAAGAGUGGUGAAGAUAUUGAUGUGAAAGAUCCUACAUUAUUUGAAAGACCUCAAUUUUCAGUUUCCUUCUUGAUUGUUGCGACUAUUUUCUUGACAGUAUGCUGCAUGUCUAUGCUUUUCUUGGAUUUUCAAUUAGACUCCCAAAAAGCAAUACUUGCACUCGAGAAUAUUGAAAGUGGUGUUAAAAUUAUGACCACCUCUGUCUCUAUAACAUUUAGACUUUCGGAGAUUUUUAUUGCCAAGAGAUAUGCAGACAUUUCCAGUAUCAAUGACCCCAGGCUGAUAACAUCUUCAGAAAUUGACUCUUUCCAUGAUGAGAAUAAGGCACUGACGGGAUCACUUGCAAGUUAUUGGAAUAAUUUACAAUAUGAAUCUUCAUUUACGUCAUCAAGCACUGAAGUUACGGCUAUUCUUGAAAGUACCAACUGUACUAAUACCACCUAUUACUCUUGUAGUAGUAUUAAUGAUUUAAUUGUUGAUUUCUCUACGGCUAGUAAUACAUUUUCAGAGGAUGUUUACUUUAGUAAUUACAAGUUGAUUGACCUUUACAAGACAAUGCUUACUACAGAUGACAAGUGCAAUAUUUUGUUGCAAAAAUUCUUGAACUUGUUUACUUUCUAUUCAUCAUCAAUGUCAGUUCCAAAUCUCAUCAUUACCAUCCUAUUUUCUGUUUUUGGAUUUAUUAUUUUAGCAAUUUUAGGAUAUUUGACAUAUGGUUUAAUUCAAAAUAUUUGGGAUCAAUCCAACCAAUUAAGAAGUUUACUCAACUACCUUCCAAUUGAGGCUAUGGAAUCCAAUGAAGAGUUGAAACAAUUUGCUCUUUUCAAUAAUCUUCCAAGCAAAUUAAGAAUAUCAAAGAAACAAACCAACGAAGAAGAAGGUAGUGGUGGAGACGGUAAGGUGAGAGCCAUUUUGAAUGCAGCAGUUGAUGGAGCCAUUUUGUGUAACUCACAAGGUGACAUUGAACUUUUCAAUCCAGUUGCUCAAAAGAUGUUUGGCAUGACUAAUAGUGAUGUUUUAGGAGAAAAGCUCACCAAGCUAUUCGAUCCUUCCGAUAAUAAUAGACAACGUUUGGAAACCAUUAUUCAACAAAUGGUCAAUGCAACACAACCUUUUGGUGAAACUCUUGAAUUGGAAUGCUACAGAAAGAAUGGAACCAAAUUCCCUUCCAAAGUCAAUUUGUUUGUUAGUAUUUUCAACAAGAAGCCAGUUAUUAGUUGUUUCAUCAAGGAUUUCACACCUGAGAAGAAGCAAAACAUGUUACUAGCUGAAGAGAAGAAGAAAUCUGAACAGUUAUUGUUGAAUAUCAUGCCAGAGAGUGUUGCUUCCAAAUUGAAGGGAGGAGAGACAUUCAUUGCUGAAAAAUUCAAUGAUGUAACUGUAUUCUUCUCUGACAUGGUUGGGUUUACAAGAAUUAGUUCUGGAAUGAAUCCAUCUGAACUUGUAUUAAUGUUGAAUGCUAUUGUGAAUGGAUUUGAUUUGCUCACUGAAAAGUAUAAUUUGGAAAAGAUUAAAACCAUUGGAGAUGCUUACUUUUGUGUUGGAGGUAUUGAUUUGAAUGCUCAAUCAGAUCACCCUGAAAGGUCAUUGAGAUUCGCCAUUGAUACACUUCAGGUAAUCAAGGAAUACAAUUGCAGCGAGAAUACCAAUGUAAACAUUCGUGUCGGCCUACAUACAGGACCAGUUGUUGCUGGUGUGAUUGGAAUCAAAAAGUUUGCCUACGACUUGUGGGGAGAUACCAUCAAUACUGCCUCAAGAAUGGAAUCAACAGGAGAACCAGGUCGUAUCCAAAUUUCUAGAACUACCUAUGAAAGAGUUCACGAUUUGGGAAUGGAAUUUGAGGAACGGAAAAUUGAUGUGAAAGGAAAAGGACUUUGCCAGACCUACUUACUCAAGAAGAAACAUCACGUUGAUCCACUUGAAAUUUUCCCUCAUCAAGAGGAAGGUGCAGAUUCUAAUGCUCAUGUCAGUUUUGGAGGGUCUGUAAUUCAUAAUGUAGAUCAUGAAAAUCCAGUAGAAGUUGAAGUUUUCAAACAUUUACAACAACUAACACAAGUACAAUCAGCCACAAGUCAACCAGAAUCAAACUCCAAGUUCGCAUCAUUUAGAUCUACCAGAAUGAGAGCUGAAAAUAUGCACAAUGCAUCUCUUCGUAAUAGUUUGAACCUGAUGGGCAGUACUAGGGCAUUCUUCAUGGAUAGAAAGGAAGAAACAUAUCCACCAGUUGAUGACCAACAAGCUAUAGAACAACAAGAAACUGAAGAAAACGAAGAUAAAAUAAGACUUUGA